AUCAACAACAAAAAGACAAAGGAAUAACGAGGAUAAAAAGUUACCGAUCUUGGAAUUUGUAACUUAAUAAUGUAAAUAAAGAUAAUGAAAAUAAUUCCCAACAGUUCUAUUCUUAAAAUAGAGACAAUCAAAUGGUGCUAAUUUAAUAGCUUCAUAGAACUAAUAAUACUUAAAAUAAAACAUACAACCAUAAAGAUAUGUAAACAAAACAUAAUCUAUAAAACACAUAUAAGGAUAUAUAAUUAAUAAUAAUAAGAUAAAAACAAAAGAAAUAAAUCUACUAGAAGCAAGCAACCCACAUGAAAACAAUAACAAUUAUGUGAAAAAUAUGAACCAACAGUGCUAAAAUAGGUGUUACCAGAGUAUAAAUUUUUAUGAGAUCCGGAAGCUAUCGGAAUUAUGUCGUUAUGAGAGUGGUGGUGGGUCAGAUUUGAUUCGCCGGAGCUUGUCUGAGCUCAUGGUCUUUGUUCACCGAAGUUGGAGCCAAAACACCUAUAAAAUAAAAUAAAACGUAAAGGGGGAAAAGGGAAUGGGAACGGCUGUUGUUUUAUUUUGCUUCCGAUUUGGAGCUUGCCAAUGAUGGCUGUAUAGUCUGAAAAAUGGAAAAUAAAGAGGGGUCGUUUGGUGGUUCGUGGCUGCAUCGGAGUGGCAGCGAUGGUUGUUCCUCCGUUCGUGGUUUUCUAGCGAGCUCCAGCUCGAUUCGAGGGAGAAGGGUUGGAGCUGGUGGCGGUUUGAAGGUUUCUUGGUGGUUGUUUCCGGUGACUUUUUCACCCGAAAAAGGAGAAAAACGAAGCGUUUUUGGUGGUUGCGUUAUGGGUCUGGUUUGGAGGUUGUUUGGGUGGUGGUUUGAGUUGGGGUUGGUCGGAAAUGGGUUAGGUUUAGGAGUUGUUUAUGUUGGCUGUUUGGUGGUUCUUUCCGGUGGUUUUGGGGUCGGUUUUUGGUGGCGAUUUGGAGGUGGUGCUCCAGCGUGGAGGGUUGUGGUUUGGUUGUUCUCCGACAGUGAGCUGGUGGAGCUCCAAAAAUGGGGGUUUCCGACGGUGGUUCUCUGGUGGCAGUGAGGAGAAUGGAUGUGA